UCCUGCCUCACCAUCUUCCCGAACGCCGAAUUCCCUCCGCAUUCGAUUCACCUGUCACAAUGUCUCUCCUCGGAAAGAAGUUCCCCGGUGCUCUGGGCAAGCCUAUGGCUCCCUUCUUCGCUGCCGGCCUCAUUGUCCUCUACGGCGUCAACUCUCUCCAGAACGCUAUGUCCAACACUGCCCAGUACAAGAGCGACCCCCGCAACCCCAACGCCCAGCCCGCUGGCAAGGCUGACCACUAAAUUGGGUCGACAAUGAAUGCAUUUUGAGAUCCCAUUUGUUCGUUGAAGAGGAGCGGGACGACCCGUCGCGAUGUGUGGGUGGACGCAGAUGGCCCAGGUCAUCAAUGGCCGGCUUGCACUUUUUGUGAUUACUCUGCGGGCAGUUUGCCCCUGUCCAAGCAUAUAGAGUAUACCCACCUCGAUGGGGGUGACUUGGAUCAAUUCACAAGCUGUACCAGUACCAUUCUGGGCAA